AUGCCGGACCCGGUGGGACGCGUGAAGGCGUGUACGGAGUGCCGACAGCAAAAGGUCCGAUGCGACGCAUACCUUGACUACGCAAGGCCGUGCACUCGGUGUCGGGCCGGCAAUCUUCCAUGUGUGAUCUCUAAGCACUUCCAGAGGAGACCCCGGCAGUCAAAAGCUCAGCUGCAGCAUGAGAUCGAUCGUCUAAAGGCCAGAGUCGAAGGAGGCCACGACCAUGAGAAUCAGAGCGAACCCACGCCUGAUCAUUUCAGUCCCCCGACAAGAUCGAACUCAGAUUCAAGACACGUCACAUUUGAUGGCAGUCCGACAGUCCUCAAGAGCAGUUCCCCAGCUGAAGGCACUUAUGACAGCUCGCAAUUCACCCACGACGAUGCCACUCUCACACGCAGCCUACAAAACGUGACAAUCGAGAGUUAUCACAUUGACGAGUGCUACAAUAUGCGAGUUCAAAAAUCCAACGGUCUGUUCGAAGACUCGCUCACGCCCAACGAACGAUAUCAGCAGUCACCACUAUUGUUCUGGACGAUUCUUCUGGUCGGUUCGCGUGGCUACCCCAAGGACCCUACCAUCUACGAUCGGCUGGGAGAGUACGUUCUAGAGCUGGCCUUCAAGUCUAUGAUCAGGCCCAACGAUCCUUUACCAGUCAUCGUGGCCGCCGUCAUCAUAUGCACAUGGCCAUUACCCUUCGAUAUGGUCUAUCGAGACCCAACCCAAGCACUUGCUGGCGCUGCAUAUGGUCUUGCUAUCCAGAAUGGUCUACAUAUGUAUGCCCGUGAACAGGAUUUUGUCGUCAAGUCGACGUCCGAGAGAAGCGGAAUAGUGUCAGAUGCCGAAGCUCUCAGGUCCCGUGUUCGAGACGCUGCUGUCAUCGCGCGAACCCGGAUUUGGGUCUAUUGUCUUUUGACGUUCCAAAAUGCCAAUAUUGGUGAUGGUCUGCCUCCAACAGCCAUCGUACCAUGCUUCCGCAGGGCAGAAACCUUCGGCGACGUCUAUCACCUUCUUCCAAAGAUCCUCGGUUAUCGUCUUCAGACGCAUCGUGUCAAGACUGAAGCUGUCAACGUUAUAGCGUCGUCUUGCGACAUAGUCGGCAAGCAUAAAGAUGAUAGCCUUACUGCUACGAUUCUCGCACUCGACGGUCAGGUCAGAGAAUAUCCACGCCCGGAGAACAACGACAUAUAUAACAUCAUCAGGUGCAACGCCAGACUGGCAAUCUUGAGCCUGAUAUGGUUGGUGCAAACCGAACCAGACCACAUACUGAUUCUACGCGUAUACGGCAUCGCCCAUGAAUUGAUAGCACAUAUGCAAUCCCUGAAUGAGAGCGUUCAGAGCUUCACGUUCUACUUGCCGCAGUCAACACAUAGGCUGCUGGUCCUUGCUGCCUGCGUUAUAUUGCGCGUUUCCAAGAGUCCGCUGGCCAAGGAUAUCGACCUCGCUGGUGCAGAAGCCGCGAUAUUCGCCGUGGCCAACAUUUUCAGGAAGCGAUGUUUGCACACUGCCGACUUGUACUCUCUGGCCGCUACCGUACUUACACAGUUGUGGUCGAGCAAGAAAGCAUUCGUGCGAGAAGGGAAGCCCCAAAAUGGUUUACAAGUCGACAUUCGAUAUCGUCUUUGCGCCAGCUUCUUCGAGGACAAGUCAGAUCGCAAGUGA